AUGGCGAAACAAGUAUCUGGAAGACCCUGGCUGGCAGCUAGAGUCACGCAGUGGGGGCAAGUCCGAUCCGGAGCAUUGUCGGGCAAGGCAUUGACGUUCAUUCUGAUUCUGUUCCUGGACUGUGUCACCCUUCAACCCUCGACCGGGAGACACAGAGCCUGGACAUACCGUAACUACAACUACACAAUAGAUGUACUCGGUGAUAGUCAAAAAAAAAUCCACUGUGGAACCCAUGUCAUCCGCGCCCUUCUUCGCGCCCGCCAAGUUGCGAAACACGAACUCCAACUAGUUAUCAAGGCCAUGGACCCCCACCGCAUGAUUCAACUACACUCUCGAUUCUCCCCGCAUUCCCGCCAGCUUUGGUAUCGGCCGGCUUCUCCCAUUCGCCAGAACUCUCCAUCUCAUUCUCCCGGCUUCCGUCUUCCUCUUCCUCGUUUGGCCGUCAUCGGUCCGGGCCCGCCACGCGGCUUCCCAAUGUGGACUCCCCGCAGACUGUUUCCUCUUGCUGGCGCAGAAAAAAAAAAGAGAUGCGGUUUUGAUUACUCUCCAGUCUCCAAAUCUCCAACUGAUAGCUUAGUCGCGGAUAUUUUUUUCACCACGCGCGCCGACGCAGGCCGAGAUUGA